AUGACCGCUACAAAACGGCUCAGGGAGAUAUUGGUCCACCUUGCUUCUGGGAUCAGAACAUCCUCACCAUCGUCUGCUUUUGAUUCUGCGACUGAGGAACACGCUCAGGCUGCUGAUAUUGUUAGGAAAGAUAUAAUGGCGUUACCGACUUUUGAUGAACUACCCAAGUACAAGAACUUUGCGGGGUGUGCGUGGGGUGUUUGGGGCCCUGAUGAUCAACUUGGGACGGUCAACCUUUUGACGGACGAGGUUGUGCAGCAGGCUGCGGCUGAGGAGAUCAAGACAGGGAGGUCUGUUUCGUUGAAUUGGCCUAUCAAUUUCCCGGAGAAGCCAAUGUUCGGGAGGAAAGGUCCGGAGGUGUGCGCUCUCGCCAAUCAUGGUGCAGAUUUACCGCUGCGGGACGACGAGAUUCAUGUUAACACGCAAAGUGGGACGCAGUGGGAUGGGAUGAGGCAUUUUGGUGUGCUUGAGCAUAAGGUGUAUUAUCAAGGGGUUUCAGCAUCGGACGUCCCCGUAGGUCCUUUGCACCUCCCCGACCCGAAUAUGAUCGACCCUGUGAACACGAACCUGGGGGUCCAGAACUGGGCCACGCACGGUAUCUGUGGACGCGGUGUCCUUCUGGACCUUGUUCGAUACUACACGAAGGAAGGCAAGCCAUUACCGUACGACCCGUGGACUACGCAUGGGAUCAGCGUGGCUGAGCUGGAGGCUGUUGCCGAGGCGCAGGGCGUGAAAUUUAGGGCUGGGGAUAUCUUGCUCUUGAGGGUAGGGUUCAUUCAGAAGUAUCAUCAAGUGACUGGGGAGGAAAGGGAUGCGCUGCCGGGCAGGCCGGAGACUUUCGCAGGGAUUGAACAAAGCGAGGGCAUGAAGAAGUUUUUGUGGAAUAACCACUUUGCGGCUAUUGCUUCUGAUCAGCCCGCUUUGGAGCUGGCCUGCGGAAGUAACCACAUAUCUACAUCAGACUAUUUUAGGGUUAGUCCCUUCAUCAGCAAACCUUGUGUAAUUCAGGUGAUUAACAACGAAUUAACAGCUUGUGGGGUAUGCCGCUCGGUUGGUGUAUUUGCCAAUAAGAUCUCGGAGUUACAUUGUCCUUACGAUCGUUUAGGCGAAUUCUUCGACCUCGAGAAGUUGUCCGAAGUUUGUGCUGAAACAGGGCGUUACACGUUUUUCUUCUCGUCCUGGCCCAUGCAUAUCAUCGGAGGAUGCGCCAGCCCACCCAACGCGGCGGCGAUGUUCUAA